AUGGAUGUCAAUGCCAAAGGAGUGUUUUUCUGCACUCGGGCUCAGCUCAGACAUAUGAGCGCGGGUGGAAGUAUUGUCACAGCGGCAAGUGUAAACGGUCAGAUGGGAUGGGAGGAGCUUGGAUCCUAUUGUGCCAGCAAGCACGCGGUGAUUGGGAUCAGCAGGUCCGCGGCGAAGGAAAAUCCUCACAUUCGGGUCAACUGUGUGGCUCCUGGUGUCAUCAGGACUCCGAUGAUGGAGAAUGAGCCCGUAGAGACAUCCACCGAGGUUGCUCGACAGGUUCAAAAGCGCGCGGCUGAACCAAUUGAUGUUGCAAAUGUUGUUGCAUUCCUCCUUAGUGAUGAGGCCAGCUUCGUCACAGGUGCAGUGUGGAAUGUAGAUGGGGGAUACAAUUGUUGA